AUGUCACAGAUUAAGCUGAGCAAUGGUCAUAAAAGGCCGCUUGAGGAAACGGAUUUGAAUAUAAUGCGUUCAUUGUCACCAAAACGGCGUGCUUUUUCAGGUUCAGAAAUGAUCAAACCACUGGUGAAGAAGAAUUCAUCACCAAAUAUUUCAAUAUUUGAGUCUAAAUUGCCCAUGCCCAUGAGUACACAUGAAAAAUCGUUAAAUUACGAGGAUACCCAGUUGUCUCAGGAUCAACGUGGCAGGAUUUUGUCUAUACAAAGCAGGCUAUCACGAAAACCUACCUCCAUUGCACCACCACGAUUACUGCGCAAUUUUUCUGCCAAUACAAAUGUUACAAGGUCCAAUGAACUAAAUGAGGCAUAUUUCUCACUAAAUGAGCAGUAUAGAGAAAAGCAACAACGAGUAGAUAAUUUGACAGAGGAGCUUUACAAACUACGUCGUAUAAAUCGCAAUUAUAGUCAAAAGUUGGAAUCGAUCAAGGAUGAAAUAAGUCAGAACCAAGAGACAUUUGAAUAUAUGGAAGAAACAGUAUUACAAAAUGUGGCAAACGAGGAAAAACUCAUUGACAUCAAACUCGAAGAAAAUCAAAUGAAAUUGAACAAUCAAUUUAGAGAAUUGGAGUUUGAAAUGCUUCAGGAGUUGAAUGAGGUGAAAAAUUUUGAUUAUAGUGAAUUGAUCGAGAAAAUAGAGUGUUUGAAAAGAGAAAAAACUGAAAUUAAUGAAGAAAUACGUAAACUGACCGAAUUGGCUGAGAUUAAGCUUAAGGAAGAGAUCAAAAAGAGUGAGGAAGCAACUAGAGAGAAAUUAGCUAACUUGAAGAAAGAGGAAAAUGAGUCCCAAACUCGCCUUGUUACUAAGCAAAAGGAAUUAGAAACUGUUCGCGAGAACCAUCUGACGGCUUUGAACACAGUGAAUACCUAUAUUAUUUCUGUUGAGUCGGAAAAGGCUAGAAUUCAAGAAAUAGAGAGAAAGAUGAAUAAUUUCCAACAAGUGAGAAAAACUCUAGAUCUGAAACUACGUAUGGUGAGCCAAGAGGUUCGGGAUAAGAUUUUCAAAGGAGAAAUCGAACAAAGCGAAUUUGAUAAAGUUAAAGCUGAGUAUAAUACUAUUUCUGCAAAAAUAAAAAAACACGAUGAGCAUAGAAGAAUUUUGGAGAAUUCGAUUAUGGACUAUCAAAGAAGGAUACGUGUUUAUGCUAUUUCGCAGGACAUAAUAAAUCCAAAUCAAUUCAACAAAAUAUUUACUCCCAAUUCACCACCUUCUCAUAUAAUGGAUGAGUUUUCGCAUUUGAUCAAAGGUGCAAUUCGAGGUACAAAUGUGGCACUAAUAUCGCAAUACCUUGCAGGGAGCACAAUAAUCAUUAAUGCAAUGACUGAUCUAUUGCAAUAUACCAAACAAAAGAUGGAAAAUUGGGAUAUCGGUUUUGAUUAUCAAUGUACUUCUCUAGCAAAUGGAGCCUUGGUUGAUUUACUAACAAACACAGUAAUCAACUCAACUUCGAGUUUGUUUCGAAGUCAAAAGAUGAUUAUUGACGAUUUAGAUCAAUUUGCUCAUAUAGUGAAUGGCCUAGAGAAUAGACAUGAACUGGAUACAAAUAUGCUUCAUGUGGUAAGUAUAUCUGGAGUAAAAGGGAAAACCAAUUUUGAGUCCCGAUUACUUGUAUUGGAUGUAUGCAAAACAAGCCCUUCAUCUCAGGUUUACAUGUUAGAGCAAUUAGUAAACAUUGCCAAAACACAAAAGAGGAAGGACGAUGACCUUGUGAGAUUAUUAGAUUGGGUCUAUACAAACUGUAAAAUCUUGAUCCUUGCGGAAUGUCAAAAUUCCAAAAUGGCUAAUGUACUAAGAACUCUCAACUCAACUAGUCUCAAGAAAUGA